GUAUAUAUGUCUUUAUAAUUACCAAGUUAAAAUAGGUGUAAAGUACUAUUCCAUGAACCUUGAACAUGCUUUUUUGUCGGCCAAGAGACGUUACAAGGUUCUUCUUCGUGAAAAAAAUUCCAAACCUUCGGGAAGUGUGGAUCCCUUGCUGGCAACAGAGCUGAAAGCUCUUGAGGAAAAAUUCCCUGAUCUUAUACAAUUAAGUGGCAUAACCACUGAACGUGAUGUGUUGCCAUCAUUGCUAACCGCAAAUGAUAAAGCAUCUAAUCACCGAGACGGUGUGACAUCCUUAGAUUCAUAUGAAGAAGGUGAUAGUACAGUGCUUCAAAAUUCUCCACCUCAGAUUAGCAACAGCACGGAUUCCCCUGCGCCAGCUAGGAACGAUGAGGAACAUAGCCCAAGAUUGAAGGAGAAAAAUGAACUGAAACGAUUAUUUUUAUUAGCUACCUUUGUCCUGGAUUUGUAUAACAAAUUUCAUGAAAGAUCUGCGUUUGAUCCAUUGAGUUACAUGAAAGUACUAUUCUUUUCUAUCGCUAACGCUUUAUUCCAUGUGUUCGUUUGUGAUCCUUGCUCAAUCCUAGGUGUAAAUGUUAUGCCUUCUUUGUUCUGCUGUAUGAUCCAUUUAACGAACCUCUACUCACUUUGCAUUAGACAAAAGGAUCGGAUGUUGUUUACAAUGCUAUUAGCCUACAUAUGCCUUGAUUUCGUCCCGUCUUUGGUAACCAGCUCUGUUUUCUAUUUGUUGACAAUCUCUUUUUUGAAUAAACUAAUUGCUAUGAAUCUUCACUUCCAAUGUGAUGCCUUCUCAGAAGAAUUAUGAAUAGGGUCUUAAGUCUUUAGAACGGGAAUAUUGGGAAUAAUCA